AUGAGAAAGUCAGUUCUGGAUUCUCACAAGGCAGCAGUGUCUCUUUCCUUGAGUCUUAAUCAUAUUGCAGCUGUGGGUUAUGAUAUUGCAGAAUUGAAAAAACAACUCUGGCCUCAUGACGAGGUUGGUCCUGAAGUGUCCGAAAUUAUAAGAAAGAAAAAUAAGCGCCUCCAAAAUACCAGAGUGAUAAUGACAGUUUUCUCGCUGUUAGCAGUCGUUAUGAGUAUACCCUUAAGUGGAGAUGAUAGCGAAUUCACAGUUAUUUUCUUCAUUAAGAAUUAUGAUGAGAUGCCAAAAAUGAUUACUCUUCUUUUUUCUACCACAAUGUUCUUCGCCAAACUCUAUAGCAUGUAUGCAAUAAACAAUAUGAAUUUCUUAACACUAUUUACCAUUGACGAUAUAGCAUCCCAAAUGCUACUGUUGAGGAAAAAACUGAACUGCAUAAGAAAGUUGAAUGAUGAAAAGGAAGAAAAUUAUUAUGAUGAAUCAUAUCAGAAUUAUAUCGACGAAAUAUUGAGGAGCUGCAUUUCUCAGCAUAAAAUAAUUUUCAAGUAUGCUAAGAUGGCGAAGACAAGAUUAGACACCGCAUUACUGGUUGUAACUAGUACUGGUAUCCUCUGUUUAGCCUUUGUAUACCUACAAGCAAAAAUAGGACAUGGAAUUCGAUUUCUCAUCAAUUGUUUUAUGACGCAGGUCGUAACCGUAAUAAUAACCUAUACCUUUUGCAACUCAGGCCAAUUACUAAUUGAUGAGUGUGAAAAACUUCAUCGUGACUUAUGCGAGUGCCCAUGGAUUUUAUGGAAUCGAUCCAACAAGGUGAACUACCAAAUAUUUUUAUUUCAUUCAAAAGAAGCAGUCUCUAUCAGUAGCCUGAGCGUGACUCUAAAUAAUAAUCUCUUAGUAAUUAUGUUACAAAGAGCGCUAUCCUUUAUAGCUUUCAUAGAGCAAGUUGCUGCAUCACAUUGAAUAUCUUGACAUAUUGCAUACUGACUUCAGGAGAUAUAUCUAAUUUUUGAAUUGCACAAACAAUACUGGAAUAAAAUACCUAAAUACUA